AUGAGUGAUACAACAGAAAAUUUCGAAUUUGUUGAAGAAAUAGUCUCAUCAGAUUCUUCCGGUGACAAGAAAUAUGUGAUCAUCGAUUGGUAUUUACAACAACAUGGUAGUUUUAGUAGCCUGGGUCGUUGGCGAGAUAUUUCACUAAGACAUUUUUCAUCUACUAAACAAUUGAUAGAUUAUUUAUGUGAAUAUAUUAAAAAGAAUUAUCAACAUGUCAAUAUCGAUGAUAGACAAUAUAAUGUUCUUGAUCUCUGUCGAAUCGCUAUUGAUGAAUCAAAUAAAUUAUUAGUCUGUAACAGUAAUGAAAUUUCUCGAGUAACCAGUCGUCAUAUUUGGCCACCAAACCAUAAACUAUUAAUGGGAUGUUUUGUAGAUGCGCAUAUUGUUGCUACAUGUCAUGAUAAAUAUACAACAAAUCCACAAACAAAAUCUGAAGAACAGGAAAAUAAUGAUACUAAUUAUUGUUUGAUUACUCAAUUAGGAAAUCAUCCUACAAAUGUUAAAUUUUUACGUGGUACUAACUCUUUACGAGAAGAAUUUCUGGAAAGAUUUAAACAUCCAUUUUUAACGAGUUCAAAGCCUACCCAAGAACAAAAUAAUUUAUUUAUUCAAAAAAGUCAAAUAUUAUCAAUACAACAAUUUUGUAAUCAUGUAACAAGCCGAGAUUGGUAUGAUAUUGGUGAUGAGUUUUUGUACGGUGUUAUUGUUGAUUUUAUUAUUGCUGGUGAAGUCUUAUUAUUUAACGAACAAAUCAUAUAA